AUGGAGGACGACACUGCGUGGAGUGAGGAAAAGGCAUUUUGCUUGAUAGAUGCGUACAGAGUUCGUGAAAUUUUGUGGAACCCGCAAAAUGAAAACUAUUUUAAGAAAAAUCUUAAGCAAGAUGCGUGGUCGGAAAUCGCAAAGUUGAUGUCAAUGACUGUAGAAAAAUGCAACAGCAAAAUUGUUAGUCUUCUCUCUUCAUACCGCCGCGAAAAGCUGAAGGAAAAAAAAUCAAAGGGGACAGGAAAAGGUGCCUCGGAAACAUACAUAAGUCGAUGGUUUGCCUAUGAUGCUUUGAAGUUCUUAGACGACAGGAACACACCGAGAAAGAGAAAAAAUACGGAGUCACUUCAUCGCUCGGACUUGGAAAACACUGCCGACCAAAAUGUGUUCACCCCUCCAGUACCACCAAAUGAAUGUACUCCAAAGAGCGCUAAACAAACCAGGAGGGAUGACAAUGUGCUCUCAGAUGUGAUGGGAAUACUGAAAACAACAGCCAAUAAAUUGGACAAUUCGAUAGGGCAAGACAGAACUGUGUGGAUCUGA